GCUCCCUCCUCCUCCUCCACCGCUCUGUGGGAGGGCGCGUCGGAGGGGCUGCCGGUUUCUCACACGGUCGCCAUGAACCGCCGGGCCUCGGUCACCGAGUGCCUCCGGGACUGGGAGGAGCUGCAGGACGGCUUCCAGAGCGUGCAGGAAACUCACAAGCUCUACAAACAGAAGCUGGAGGAGCUGACAAAGCUCCAAGAUGGCAUCUCCAGCUCCAUCUCACGACAGAAGAAGCAACUGAAGGAACUCUCUCUGGUUCUUAAGAAGUGCAAGUCUUCUCUUCCUGACAAGGUGCAGAAAGAGGAUGCCCUCAAGGAACUCCAGAAUAUGAUCAAAGAGAGACAGAAUGUCUUUUUUGAAAUGGAGGCUUACUUGCCAAAGAAGAAUGGGUUGUACCUGAGUCUCGUGCUGGGGAAUGUGAACGUCACUCUGCUAAGCAAACAAGCUAAGUUUGCGUAUAAGGAUGAGUAUGAGAAGUUCAAGCUCUACCUCACCAUCAUUUUGCUCAUCAUCUCCUUCACCUGCCGCUUCCUCCUCAACUCCAGGGUAACUGAUGCUGUCUUCAAUUUUCUCCUGGUCUGGUAUUACUGCACACUGACCAUUCGGGAGAGCAUCUUGAUCAACAAUGGUUCUAAGAUUAAAGGCUGGUGGGUGUUUCAUCACUACAUUUCCACCUUCCUCUCAGGUGUCAUGCUGACUUGGCCAGACGGCCUUAUGUACCAGAAGUUCCGAAACCAGUUCCUCACAUUCUCCAUGUAUCAGAGCUUCGUCCAGUUUCUUCAAUAUUAUUACCAGAGUGGUUGCCUGUACCGGUUGAGAGCUUUGGGCGAACGACACACCAUGGAUCUCACUGUGGAGGGUUUCCAGUCGUGGAUGUGGAGAGGGCUCACUUUCCUGCUUCCGUUCCUCUUCUUCGGCCAAUUCUGGCAACUGUUCAAUGCCAUCACACUCUUCCAGCUGGCCAGGCAUCCAGAAUGCAAAGAAUGGCAGGUCCUGAUGUGCGCUCUCCCCUUCUUCACCCUCUUUCUUGGCAACUUCUUCACCACAUUGCGAGUUGUCCACCAGAAAUUCCAGGAUAAGGCCAAGACGGAAUGAGCCCUUCCCAACUAGCCUGCCAUCUCUCUGUUCGAGGGAGCACUGGUCUUCUGCUGACCGAAUGAUCUGCGGCACACUGGGCAUUCUCCUCCUCUUCCUGCCCUCCCUGUGAUCCUCUUGCAAACAGACGUAAAUGAAGCCAGGUAUGAAUAGCGCUUUGGCCACCAGCGUGAGGCCUUCCUGCUGCCAAAAGGAACUCUUAGACUUCAUCAGGUGUGAGAUUCAAGGAUUAGAAUAAAAUACUGUAUGAGGAACUCAAGUGACUUGGAUACAACUCCCAGCUGACACCUGCAUGGUUUUCGUACCCUUCCCCCAAAGCAGGGGCCUGCUGAGUCCCAGAGCCUGUCUACCCAAACAGACGUGGGAGAAGGAAGGGAGCAGGCUCAACCUAGGCCAUCUAAUGUUUGGUACUGAGGAUAUUAACAGUGUAUUAUUGGAAGCAGAUUUAAUGGGUAAAGAGCAUUGUCUGCAUCAUCCUGAGG